UUCUCAAACUUCCCAAUGUUUGCACUUCGCACUGCAAAUCCGCAAUAGCCAUGGAAAUGGAAACUAACCUAACCGUACCAUAACCGUGCCGAACCAAUUUCCGCAUCAAUGACAACUGUACAUUGCUCUGUAUUAUCCUUUCACGCAUCUUCCAUUACUCGACGAAAACCUCUGAUUAUAGUCUCUUCAAAAACUCCUCGUAGGAAAAACUAUCUCCGACCAAAAAUUCUCAAAACCCUAACCAAAUCAUCUCCAAUCAUCCCUCCUAAUCUUCCACAAUCACAACCUAUUAUCUCCCCUCAUCAAGAACAUGAAUUCUGUGUUGAUGUUCCUGCCGACGAUUCGCAGUUCGAAGAUAUCAUCGGUGCUGUUGGAGAAACUGGUGAAUUGGAAGAAUUGCAAGUUUCUGUGGAUACACCCAAAGGCAAUGGUAUUUUUGGCAAUGUUUCUGCUAAAGUUAUAUUCAAAUACGGUGCUAUGUAUAUAAUCGGGGCUUUUGUGUAUCAAACUGUUUGUUACUUUUUGAAGUUGAGAAAUCAACCUUCCAAUGGGAAUUUGGAUGUAAUUGAAAGGGAGAAGAGGAACAUUUUGUUUGGUGAGAAUUGGAAAACUGGGGAGGAUCAAAUAGUGGAAAAGAAAAUUGAGGAAAUUAAGUUAAUGGCGAGAGAAGCUCGGAGAAUCGAGUUAGAAAAGAAAGGGAAAGUGAAAGAGGAUGAGGAUCUUGAAAUUGAUGAUGAUGAAAGUGUGGUUUCUAGUGCUAAACUUGGUAUUGAGAAAGAGAUUGUUGAACGAUUAUUGAAGCUGAAGAAUAGGAUAAAUAGUAAAAAGGAUGGUUCAGCAGCGAUGCGAUUAAAUGUCGUGGAAAUUCUGCCGGGGGUGGCGGUAUGAAUGAAUCAGGGGAAAGAUGGAUUAGCCUCUAAGAAAAAGUCUAAAUUUAAAAGCCCUUUGACUAAGGCUACGAAAACUCCCAAGGGAUUUUCCGGGACCCAAGGUCGCAGGGUAUCUAAUGUAGAACCUCAGGAUCAAGAGCCAGUUAAUCAACAAGAUGUGACACACAAGAAUGCUUCUGGUGUUCCAUUGGAAGAAAGAGGAAAAUCCGUUGAUGACGAGUCAGGAGAAAUUCAAAAUGAUGGGAAGAGUUUGGAAGAAAAGAUGGAAACGCCAAAUACGAAAACAAAUGAUGGAUUUAAGACCAAGAGCAUAAAUAAUGGUGGUUUCCCGGAGACUAGUGUUGAGAUGUCUUCACCUGAAGUAAAAGAAUUGAGGACACAAGACUCCAAGGGUUUUGAAAAGGAUAAUGUGGACAGUAUAAAUGGCAGUUCUGGUCGUGGAUUUGCUAAAAAAAAUUCAGCACUUAAACAAGCAAACACUAGGACUGAUGUGUGGUGGCGGAACCUACGUUAUGUUCUUGUUAUUGUCAUGCAAAGAGGCUCCAACGAAGAAGAUCCUAAAGGUCUCUAUAGCUUAAACUUCACCUCUAAGCAACAGGAGCAUAGUGAUGAUUCCUAUACUGUUGCUUUUGAGGAUCAAGCUGAUGCCAACAACUUCUGUUUUCUACUUGAAUCCUUUUUUGAAGAUUUGGGUGACGACGAUUUUAGUGCCAAAGCAGUUCCCAUGUCGAUACAAGAAUUGAAUGAAGAAAUUUCAGAUGGCGAGAAAGUAGUUGUUGUAAAAAAGAGGCAGCUUCAACUCUAUGCCGGACAACUACUUACUGAUGUUGAAAUGGCAUUGUGCUCUAUAAUAGAACAAGAUCAAAAUGUGCCAUAAUUUGUGACAGUGUGAUGAAUGGUACUUGAUCAAGUCACCAAAGAAUGUCCAUAGUGAAGAAAUCGCCGUUCCAACUUCCAACCACAAUUGGUGGAUAGUGAAAAUAAAAUACAGUGCAUCACUUCCAUCAAAAUCAAAAGUUGGAGUUGAUGGAGCAGCACUACUGAAACUUGGGGGCAGGUUUCUCUUUAUAAAUUUUUCCUAUUUUUAAAAGUUUAUAUGUUCAUGUAAGUUGCAACAUAUCCCACCAUGGAACAUAUCUGAGCAGGAGUCAUUAGUUACAUGAUCUUAUACAAGUUCUAGGGAUUAGUCAGAGUACGUAACAUGUGGGGAAAAUUGGCACUUUAUGUGCAGUGUAAAAUUUUGGAAGUUCAUUCAAAUUGCAAUAAAACGAUAUAUUUUUUUUUAGUUUA